CUCCGCGCCCCGCCGGCGCCCCCAGCCCAGCGCCCGCCGUCCGCUCCCGGCUCCCCGGGACCGAGGUGGAGCCGCGGAAGCCGGCCGGGUGCGGGCACGGCCGCUUCCUCCUGUGCGUGAGCGCUUGGGGUCGGCGUAGGUGUCAGGGAAGCCAGGAUACAGAGUUUAAUGAAAAAUCCAUGCUUACGGGGUGAACAUGGCAGGCUUCCUAGAUAAUUUCCGUUGGCCAGAGUGUGAAUGUAUCGACUGGAGUGAGAGAAGAAAUGCCGUGGCUUCUGUGGUGGCAGGGGUGCUGUUUUUUACAGGUUGGUGGAUAAUGAUUGACGCUGCUGUGGUGUACCCCAAGCCCGAGCAGCUGAACCACGCCUUUCACACAUGUGGCGUGUUUUCCACAUUGGCUUUCUUCAUGAUAAAUGCUGUGUCCAAUGCUCAGGUGAGAGGUGACAGCUAUGAAAGUGGCUGUUUAGGAAGAACAGGUGCUCGAGUUUGGCUCUUCAUUGGUUUCAUGUUGAUGUUUGGGUCGCUUAUUGCGUCCAUGUGGAUUCUUUUUGGUGCAUAUGUUACCCAAAAUACGGAGGUUUAUCCAGGACUAGCUGUGUUUUUUCAAAAUGCACUUAUAUUUUUUAGCACCCUGAUCUACAAAUUUGGAAGAACUGAAGAGCUGUGGACCUGAGAGCACUUCUUACACCAGAUUUCCUUUUGUUUUGUUCUAUUUGUAGAUAAGUUUUCCUCUCUCAACAUAAUUUACACAUUGCCAAAUGGGAUCGAUUGUACAUUACAUGUUUUGUUUCUUUACACUUUGAUGCUCUGAGUUUUGAAAUAGUUUUAUGAAAUUUCUGUCCUUUUUUUAAAUCACAGAAUAGAUUGUUAAUAUGUACAUAAUGUAUACAGCUGGGAUGGUGAGUAUCAGUUUUUUUUUUUUAUUCCCGAAGACUUACAGCUUGACCUAUUCCCUGAGCCAGUGUUGUAUCUUCAUGUCAUUUUAGAGUCAACUGUUUUGCUUAGUAUCUUUAAUUUCCGAAGAUGUGCACAAAAUACAGCUCCAUGUAUCUGGAAUAAGCACUGAGCCAUUCGAAAGGGUAUUUCAGCAAGUUAUAAUUUAUUUUGGCUUAAAAAUGAGAUUUUUUUAAAGGAAAAAUGUUUGUUCUUCUGUAUUAAAGUAGUGGACUUUUAUGUGAAGAUUUUUUAAAUGCUUGAAGGCCUAGUUUGAAAGCCUCUUUUAAAAAACAAUUCCUCUAACAUGACUUUGUUCAAGAAGGGAUAAUAAAUACGUGAUCAGAUGAGCUCAGUUUCACACGGCUGAUGCGAAAAGGCCGGAUAAGGCAGCCCAGCUACAUGCUUCUUGUAAAGGCAGCUCCAAUGAUCUAUCUAACGGGGUUCUCCCUUGGCAGAGGCUGUUAUGAGCUGAUGUUACAAAAUUCAGCCUCAAGCAAGUGUGACCCAACUGCGGUUGAAACGCAUGAACCAUAUACCUAAAAGUGGAAUCAUUAGUCUCAAGAUAAAGCACUUCUUCCCAAAGGGAAUGAUGAUCUAGUGAAAUAUUAGACGCUCCUUCCACUUAGUUACCGGCCGCCAGGGUCUCUGCGCUAGCUCUCAACUCUCCCUGCAAAAUGCACCAUUAACCUCAAAGCCCACGUUCCGGUCGAAAAUCUUCUUUUGCUGAGUUUGAAACGGCUGACUUUGAAACACUGCUUUUGCACGGCGGAUAUUCCUAUGAGAGAUGUCCAAGGGAUAGCUGGGUCUUAAUGGCUAUUUUUGCUUUCCUUAUACAGGCUUUGUGUAGCAUUUUUUUUUUCCCUCCAGAGGGAUUUUAUAGCACCUUUUGUUUUAAGACAGAAUAAUAGUGAUGGUAUUAAUAUCAGCUCCUAACGUAAGCCUUACUUUGUCUAACCUCUCUCCUCUCCGAGAGGACUGACCUGCGCACAGAGUAUGAAGCGGUUGUGGAAGGCUGUGCCUUUGCCGUUAAGUACUUCUCCCUCUGUUCUCGUUUUCCCUCACAAUGUCAGUAAACUCUGUCUUGCUUCCAACAAGUUGUAAGACUGUUUGUUUCCACCUUCUUGUAACAUGUAGCAAUAAAUAUUACUUCUCACUCA